AUGGAAUUGGACUUGUAUUUCACUACAGCGCCGGAGGGCGUAGUGGCUUAUGACAAGGGAGCCGCGGAGGAGAUCUGGGUUGGGUUGGAAGUGGCCGAGGGGCCUCCGCCGUUAGCAGCAUUGAUCGACUUUGAGAUCUCUAGCAAGACGUUUCCUGACAAGCUAGCGUGGGCCGUGGCCUCCCACCUCUUCCGAGGGGAGGCUAUGCGUUUAACUGGUAUUGGCCCUAGGAGCAUCAUCAAGAUGGUCACGGCCAUAGGGAUCGCAGCGAAGUGGUUUGAUGACCAUGGUAGAGGCGUGGUGUUGUCGAGGGCUGGCUCGGUCAGUGUAUCGUUACCACCUGGAAUGAUGUACGAGGGCCGCAAGACGGACUUCUCAUGGGCAACACAGAUCAGCACCAGACUGCAACCGACUGAGGAGAUGAGACGGAUACAGGAGGCUUUGGCCACUGCUGAGGAAGGCUCGGAUGCUUGUCUUAGUCAAUUGGACGAGCUGGCCAGGACGCUGGCCUUGGACACACCUGGACGGCUGAGGGAACAUAGCAAGGACGGCAUGUUAUAG